AUGCAUUUUCCCCUCGCGGGCUCGGCAGACGACGUGACGUCAUCGGACCGCCAGGGUUGCCACGGCCGCAAGGGUCGAGGGUGGACGACCUCGGAGGUCUGGGAGCGGAAUCGGAAGACAGACGAGGAGGACCGGAUGGAGAAGACGGGGGCAUCCAGCCGGCCACACGUCGACCUCCUCCUGACCUCCAUCAAUCCUCCAUCUCCCGUCCACCACUUCCUUCCGUCCGCUACCUCCUCCUAUCCUCCACCUCCACCUACCCACCACCUCCACCUAUCCUCCACCUCCUUCUGCCCUCCACCUCCACCUACCCACCACCUCCACCUACCCUCCACCUCCACCUACCCACCACCUCCACCCGUCCUCCACGCUUCUCAGUCGGGUGCUUGGAGUCUUUCCAUCCAUCCCCCGGCCGUCAUCCACCUCUUCUCUCGACUGCCUCCUCCGCUUAUUCGAUUCUCCGUUGCGUGGAAAGGCGAGGCCCGUCGCAGUCCCACGGAGGCCCCGUUCGCCUCUGCGAAGCACGCUUGCCAAAAUAUGGAAACGGUCGGGGAAUACGAGUACAGUACAAAGGAUCUCAUCGGGCAUGGAGCCUUCGCGGUGGUCUUCAAAGGGAGACACAAACAGAGGAAGCAGGAUGAGGUGGCCGUCAAGAGCAUUACGAAGAAGAACUUGGGGAAGAGCCAGAGUCUUCUCAGCAAGGAGAUCUCUAUUCUCAGAGAGCUUCGCGACGUCCAUCACGAGAACAUCGUGUCUCUGCUGGAUUGUAAGGAGACUGGGAAUCAUGUGCAUCUGGUUAUGGAGUACUGCAACGGUGGAGAUCUGGCUGAUUAUCUUCAAAUCAAAGGAACUCUUAGCGAGGACACAAUUUGUCUCUUUCUUCGCCAACUUGGUAAUGCAAUGAAAGCCUUGAAUGCCAAAGGAAUAGUUCAUCGUGAUUUGAAGCCCCAGAACAUUCUGUUGAGUCACCGGGGAGGAAAGAAAUCUCAUCCCAAGCCACAUGAAAUCACUCUCAAGAUUGCUGACUUUGGGUUUGCCCGGUUCCUCCAAGAUGGGGUGAUGGCUGCCACUCUCUGUGGUUCUCCCAUGUACAUGGCCCCGGAGGUGAUCAUGUCGCAGGGGUACGACAGUCGAGCAGAUCUCUGGAGCCUGGGGACUAUUACAUUCCAGUGUCUGGUUGGAAAAGCUCCAUUCACGGCCCCUUCCCCCCAGGCUCUCCGUUCUUUCUACGAGAAGAAUCCCAAUCUUUCUCCAAAGAUCCCCAGUGGGACAUCUCAAGCCCUGGGGGAUCUACUAAAAAGGCUCCUGAAGCGGAAUCCUGAGGAACGGCUGGACGUUCCCGGUCUGAUGGCUCAUCCUUUCCUCCGCCUGUCGCCAUCUCAGCCCACUCCCAUCCCAGUCCCUUCGCGCUCUCCGUCUCUCUCCCCUUCCAGACCUCUCGUCACCUUCCCAGCUUCUCCUUCUCCGCCCACAGGUGCUGGGGCAUCACCUCCUCUAGCUGUCAUUUCAGAACAGGAAUCAUAUGAGCAGCCUUCAUCAGGGUCCAGGGGAAGUCCUGAGGAGGCUGAAGAUUUCGUUCUUGUUGAUUAUAAUCUCACCGAGCAGAGGAUGGACUGCCCGUCUCCUGGUUCCCGUAUCAGGUGGAGUAAGAGCAAAGGUCGUGGAGGGAGUCAGUCUCAAUCAUCUUCUCCUGGGGGUUCUAUCAAUCAGGAACCCAUUCCUGUACCCUCCAUGAGGGAUUCAUCUCAAGACGGAUAUGCUGACGUGGAUAGCAGUCCCCGUCGCUCUGGUGGACGAGGAAGAAGCUUCAGUGUUCCCAGUCCACAAAUGUCUCCUUGUGGGACAAGGCGACAGGCUGGUGCCACGUCUCCGAUUGCAAUGAGGCGAGUGGGAAGUGGAGACAUCGCAUCGCUGUCUCCACCUUCGCUUCAGUUCACACUGAGCACGAGUCCUCCUCCGGGAGGGGCAUACAGGCGAAGAAGGCCCUCGGCUUCCUCCACCCCCCCUUCGGUCUCCCCUUCCAAUGUCCCUGCUCCAAUUCUUCGCAAGUCUUCUGGUGCAUAUGGGGUUGGAGGCAGUUGCCCAUACCUAUUGGGUGCAGCUUUAGGUGACCAACCAGCCAAGAUCCCCAUGCCUCUGCAAAUGGAUCCCAUGCUCUCGAGAGGCACCCUCCAUUUUCACGAGGAACUGAGGCGCUCCCAAACCAUGGAUGGACCACUGUUUAGAGAGGUGGAGCGAGGUGCUCUUGUUCGACGGCCAUCCCUGUCCACUUUGGUUGCAUCUGGAUCACCUUCUCCUCCUCCUGCUGGUGCCAUCGAGGGCCCCAUUGCAUUUGUGGCUCCUGCCCUGACUGAAGACACCAUAAUGGAGAGAGAGCACAACGAGACGCUGGCCCGUCUUCAACUGGUCUUGGCCCUGAGUGACGCCAUCCUCGAACUGAGUGGAUCUCGUCACCUGAGCCAGAUGAUGUCGACAGGAUCAUCAACUGCUAUGGAGCGAGAAAAGGAGUUUCUCACGACAAAGGGUGAACAGUUGGCACUGUACCUGAAAGCAUGUCAUCUGUUGGCUGCUGCCCUGCACCUUGCCAGAGAAGAAUUGGGGAGGGCUAGACUGCAGAGGUCUCCUGCUGUGCGUCAAGUGGUGCAUGACCUGAACACACGGUUCCAUGAAAGCGUGGAAAAUGUACAGGGUGUGUACAAGGCCUGUGAAGGAAGUCUGAGUCGGUCUGAUCUUCAUGACUGCCUCAGCAGGAUCUCAGCUGACAGGCUCCUCUAUGAUCAUGCAAUAGAACUGUGUCAGGGAGCAGCAUUGGAUGAACUGAUGGAGACAGGAGCUGUGGCAUCAAUUGGAAGGCGCUAUCAAGUGGCCCAAAUCCUUUUACAUUAUCUAGCACAGACACUUCCUCAUCCACGGGAUAAGAGCCUCCUCAUGAACUAUAAAGCUGCAGUGGAGAAGAGGUUGACCGUGUUGGAGCACCAGGGACACGUACAUGCUUACGACUCCUCCUGAACCCCCCCGUUCUUGUGUUAUCCAGUGCAGCAAUUAGUCUUUCAUUCCUCCUGUCAGACUGUUUCAAAUGAUGUGGAAUCUUAUUGUAUAGAUGUGACAAUUGGUAUGUUUUUUCUGAGAUGUGUGUGCUUGUGAUGAUUAUCAUAUAUAUCCAGAACAUUUCCUAGUCAUUGCAGGGAUUGAGGAUGAGAGCAUGAUUGUGUUUUGUUGUUUCUUUUCUUUCUCAUGUUUCACUCCUUGUCUGGUCCAAACUGUGUUCUUUUGUGAUAACAAGCCAGAUUUGGUACAAAGUGACCUCCAGAUGAGUUUGUUUCCUUUCCUUCCUCCCAGAUCCAUUCAUAUGUCUUGGGAUAAAAGUAUGGCAUUGAAAAGGAACA